AUGGGGAAAUACGACCGCAAGGAAAAGUCGCAGCCGAAACAUGGCAAGCCCACGAGCAGCGGCGCGUCAAAGGCGCCACCACCGCUGACCCGCGGCUAUCCAGGCUGGAGCGGGCCUACUUACAUCCACAAGAAGAAGAAGAAGCCGCAGCAGCCACCUUCGACGGCCUCGGGGCCGGCGGAGCCCCCGAGGCUGGAGCACGUCCUCCCGGUCGACCUGGAGCAGCUCAUGAUCAAUGUUUUCCGCACCACCUUCCCCGCGUGCAACGACUUCGAGGCGCUGAAGCCGACGCUGCAGGAGAUCAAGGACGCGCUGUUCCGGAGGGACUUUGACAUGGCCUUUGGCAAAGACGAAUUCCUGGAGGCGUACGCGAUCCGGUGGAGUCCCAGCCGGGCGCUGGGGUACGCGCAGCUGAUGGCCUGGAUCUGUGAGGAGAGGGCCGAGGAUGAGUGCAUCCAGCGGCUGCUUGGUGGCGACGGUGAUGAGGACGAGCAGAUGCCAGCCAAGGUGGUUUGCUUUGGAGGUGGCGCGGCUGAGAUCAUGGCUUUUGCCGGUCUGUUACGACAUCUACGGCCGGCGGACGCCGCCGGGAUACCAAACCCACCGUCAGAGGACGUUGCGAAGGACCUACAAGCCUUGUCGAUAUCAGAUACUGGCUCUUCGCCAACAGUCCUUGACCUUCACCUUAUCGACACGGCGGACUGGUCCUCAGUGCUCUCGAAACUACAAGAGUGCCUCGAGACCCCUCCGACUCUUUCCAAAUAUGCCAGCGUGGCAGCACGGGCCGCAAAUGCCUCAUUCCUCUCGCCCGGGUCUGUCAACCACACCUUCACACGCUGCGACGCACUGGGCCUCAGCACAGAAGACCUCCGGGCGGCCAUUGGCCCGGAUCCCGCACUCCUCACACUCCUCUUCACCCUGAACGAGCUGUACACAGCCUCGAUGCCACAAACGACAUCCUUCCUGCUCAGGGUAACAGAAGCUGCCCCAAAGGGGAGCUUGCUGCUUGUGGUAGACAGUCCUGGGUCUUACUCUGAGACCGCUGUUGGCAGUGCCAAGGAAGGAGAAGAGAAGAAGAAAUAUCCCAUGAGUUGGCUAAUGGACUAUGCGCUUGUGCCGAAACCAAAAAAGAAGGCCGCGGAUGAUAAAGGCGCGGAGGAGGAGCCGGCCCCUGCCUGGGAAAAGGUCAUUUCCGAGGACAGUCUGUGGUACCGGUUGGAAGAGGAUUUAGAGUACCCAGUCAGCCUGGAGAACAUGAGGUUCCAGGUUCAUGUGUUUAAGCGUGUAUGA